UGAAAGGCCACAAGGGCUUCCCCAUGUCUGGCAGUAGUAUCCUAACUUGGAACCGCCUUGCCCGUUGUCAUAUGGUAACGUUUGCGCCUCGAAUAUAAGAACGGAACCUUUUUUCCGUACUGACUGAACCAGACCAGAACCACGCUAUCGAAUCCCUCCCCCGUCUGAAGGCACCCCAUAAUGCGAGAUCUACCUAUCGAACUUAUCAGCACCGUCUUUCAGAACGUUUCCGCGACAACCGAUCUUCUCCAUUUACGCAGCUUGAACCGGUCAUUUAUGAAGCUGGUCACUCCCCACGUGUUCAGCAAGCUCCACAUCAAAAACAGUAUACAGAGUGCGCAAAACUGCCACUUGAUCAUUGGUACCGCAAGCCUUGCCACCCACAUUCGAGAAGUCGUCUACGAUUCUCGUGACAAUGAACAUUUCCAGCUUCCACCCGACAACACGGAUUCUAGCGAUGCGCUAGAAAUCAGUGAGCUUGAAGAAGCACUGACCACGGCAUUUUGCGGAAUAACCGCACUUCCGAGCAUUGAACGCGUCGUGCUCAACUUUUGGCCAUCAUUUCUCUGCCAGUCAGGGAGAGAAGUUUGCGAGAGCCCAUUCUGGUUCAUAAAUCGGCAGCUCAUCCUAAUUCACGCCAUUCAUCACGGCAUGAAGACAUCUCGGAUGACCACAUUGUCGCUCAACAACGUCAUCCUGCCUUCCACAUGCUACGACUUCGUGACAUCCCUUACAAAUUCACCCCUGACACAUCUCUCAGUGUCCGUUGUGUCCAAUGCCGAACUCAGUGCCUGGUCAGCUUCAAAGAACGUCAACGGAUCACUUGGAGCACUCCUACCUCCCUCUAACCCAACACUGAAAUCACUUGUGCUACGCAGCCCUCAGGGCGCUUACCACAGCCUCACGACCCGACUUUCUUCAUUCCACUAUCCGUCCCUUGAAUCGCUCGUGCUCGAAAAUAUCGUUUUCGAUCACAUGCCUUCCGCCAAUGGCAUGGAAGAGUUUGUCCUUCGCCACAAGAAUACCCUGCGUCGACUUGAGCUGCAAUCAUGCGCAUGCUAUAUACCUGACUCAUCAACUGAUGCCAGGCGGUGGUCGACCAUCUGGCACCGAUGGGCUGCUGAGCUCACCAGCUUGACAGAGCUCGUCGUUAACAGCGACGGUCAUAGAUAUGUCCUCCUCGAUGCCGACCGGGGUUAUAUGCCUCAUGGACCGGUUAGCACCAUGGCGUUUGAAGAUGAUUCGUCAAGCUUGCAGAUGUUCAAAGAUAGCAUAGCAGCUGAUCAAGCUACAGUGGUAUAAUUUAUUUCGACGUAUUCUGUAUAUACGUUUUUCGAAGGAGCUCUGGACGGUGUGAAACGCGGCAGGACGCUCUGGUUCCCGCGAUUCUUCGUGAGAACUGGGAAUAGGGAAAGAAAGAAGUACCGCGCAUCAAAAACAUCACCAUGAGUGCGAGCCUUUCAGCCACAGGGCAGCGGAUCUUAACAGUUUCCGUUGUCUGUUGCG